GCUGACACCCUGGUAGCAAUUGCCCGUUGCCCCGUGGUUCACUUUUGACUUACUCCUUUGGCUGGCAAGUCAUCGUUCCAGUUGAGGGCUACUUGUGCACAAUGGGUCAAGCUGCGAGCACCAUUCCUAUCGUGCUGUACCAAGUGUAUCGAAUUGCAAAAGUCAUCGUCAAUAUUGUUGACUCCAUCCUCGAAUCACAUGUCCGCGACAACCCGACCAUGGUUAACCUCGAUGGUGCCAAAGAUGGGAGGGACUAUGCCCAGAGAACCGCACGAGCUGCCGCAGAGGAAGCGGCCACAGCACUUCCACAGAUGGCGUUGAUCGCCAAGCAGGCACAAGUAGUUGCGGAAGAGCGCCUCCGGAAGGGCGUGCAGCCGGUGGUCAUACCAUCCUCCACCGAAUUAGCAGCCGCGAAGAAGAGAGUACAGUACAAGGAGGGACUCCUCCACUUCGCCGUCGCAGGUGUCUCUGGUAGCGGGAAAUCUUCGUUGAUUAACGCCUUCCGUGGUGUACGCAACGGCGAUACUGGUGCAGCACCCACUGGUGUCAUCGAAACCACCUCCCAGACUGAUCGAUACCCUGAUCCAAACCCAAGGCUCCCGUUUGUGUGGUACGAUGUCCCAGGAGCAGGUACUCUCAACCAGCCAGACUGGUCGUAUUUCAACUCGCAAGGCCUCUUCGUGUUCGAUUGCAUCAUUGUCUUGUUCGACAACCGCCUCACCCUGACAGACAUCUCUAUCUUGACGAACUGCAGACGAUUCCAAAUCCCCGCUUACAUCGUGCGCUCCAAAGCGGAUGUUCACAUCCGCAAUGUCAUGACUGAUAUGGGUUAUGACAGUGAGAACGAUGGUGGAACUCGUCAUGGGGAGGCGUACAACGCUGCCCGCGAGCACUACAUCGCUGAGACGCGGGCAACCGUUCAAAAGAACCUCAAAGAAGCCGGUUUACCUGACCAAAGGGUUUACGUUGUCUCCCACAAGACAAUGAUAUCUACUGUGAAAAAUCGCGUGUUAUCCCCAAAAACGAUCCAUGAGUUGGAGUUGAUGAGAGAUUUGCUCGAAGAAGCUUGUGCUCGCCGGUGCAUUCCCCGCAGUGAUGCAACGCAAGCGAAUGGUGGACAAUCGAUCUGGUCCUGAGUCCGCGCGUCUACUGCAGGACAAGGCCUAGUGCACUCGAGGUGUAUUUAUCGCUACCUUUUCUUCCCAUUUUCGUUCUUGUCUCAGCAACAGAUUCCAUUCUUUGCACUAC